AGUUGCAUUUACUUACUGAAGUUUGUGUCAGUAUAAGAGCAACACGAAGGAGAAAAGCCUUUCAGUGCAUCAGUAUUCGCUCUGUUUCAGCAAACUCUUAGCACUAGUGUUCCUGAAUUAGCAGCUUCUUCAGCUAUCCACUGAGUUUUUGGUCAUACCACAUCCUGUUCUGCUCGACAGCAGUUUAAACAUGAUAUAGCCAUUGUCCAAAGUGAGGAAACCCAACGCUUUCUAAGGAUAUUAGCGGUCCUUGAGCUUUGGCAGACGGGUGAGCAGAGAUGGUGGACAAGGUGCAGGUGUUGCCGUACUUCUUCGGCAACAUCACGCGAGAGGAUGCGGAGGAGUACCUGCGUCAGGGAGGAGCGGGGGACGGCCUGUACCUGCUCCGCCAGAGCCGCAGCUUCCUCGGCGGAUACGCUCUGUCCGUGGCCUACGGUCGCCAGUUCUACCACUACACCAUCGAGAGAGAGAUGAACGACACCUACGCCAUCGCCGGUGGCAGAUCUCACAGAACCCCCAUAGAUGUGAUCGACUAUCACUCGCAGGAGUCCGACGGGCUCGUCUGUCUGCUGAAGAGGCCCUUCAACCGGCCCCGCGGCACCGAGCCCAAAGUCGGGCCCUUCGAGGACCUCAGGGAGCAGCUCAUCAGGCAGUACGUCAAACAAACCUGGAAUUUGCAGGGCUCGGCUCUGGAGCAGGCUAUCAUCAGCCAGAGGCCUCAGCUGGAGAAACUCAUUGCCACAACAGCUCAUGAGAAGAUGCCGUGGUUCCAUGGCAAGAUCGAGCGCGAGGACUCGGAGCAGCGGCUGCUCAGGAGCUCACACGUCAAUGGCAAAUUCCUAAUUAGACAAAGAGAAAGCAACGGCAGAAACGUGUCCUAUGCACUGUGUCUCCUGCAUAAUAACCAAGUCAUGCACUAUCGUAUCGACAAGGACAGGGCGGGCAAACUCUCCAUUCCUGAUGGGAAGAAGUUCGACACACUUUGGCAGCUGGUAGAACAUUACUCAUACAAGCCUGAUGGUCUGCUCCGAGUGCUAACCGAGACCUGCCCGAAACCAUCACAUAAUUCAGAGCAAGGUGCCACAGGUGGGAUUCUCUCCAGAAUCAAAUCAUACUCCUUCCCCAAACCUGGCCAAAAAAAGAGUACUGAAAAUCCCUAUAACAUUAGAUCAAACAUCAGAGGUGAACUUCCUAAUCCUAAUUUGUUAAACACAGACGCUCUGCCAAUGGACACGCGGGAGUUUGAAAGUCCAUACGCUGAUCCUGAAGAGCUGCGGUCCACGACAGUGAAGCGGAGCGACCUGACUCUGGAGGACGGAGAGCUGGGCUCAGGAAACUUCGGCACUGUGAUGAGAGGAGUCUACCAGAUGAAGAAGACACAGAAGAUCGUUGCUGUUAAGAUCCUGAAGAAUGAUGAUAAUAAUGCGGCGGUGAAGGACGAGAUGCUGCGGGAAGCGAGCGUCAUGCAGCAGCUGGAUAACCCGUACAUCGUCCGUAUGAUCGGCAUCUGUGAAGCGGAGAACCUCAUGCUGGUCAUGGAGCUGGCGGAGCUGGGGCCGCUGCACAAGUUCCUCCAGAAGAACAGACACAUCUCUAUGAAGAACAUCACCGAGCUGGUUCAUCAGGUCUCUAUGGGAAUGAAGUAUCUGGAAGAGCAUAACUUCGUCCACAGAGAUCUGGCCGCCAGGAACGUGCUUCUGGUGACUCAGCACUAUGCCAAGAUCAGCGACUUUGGACUCUCUAAAGCCCUGACAGAAGAGCAGAACUAUUACAAGACCAAAGGUCCUGGGAAGUGGCCGGUGAAGUGGUACGCUCCCGAGUGCAUGAACUACUUCAAGUUCUCAUCUAAGAGUGACGUGUGGAGCUUUGGGGUCCUGAUGUGGGAGGCGUAUUCAUACGGACAGAAACCGUACAAGGGUAUGAAAGGAAAUGAAGUCAUCCAAAUGAUCGAGAGGGGAGAGCGAAUGUCUGCUCCAGCCGACUGCCCGCCUGAGAUGUACGACCUCAUGAUGAAAUGCUGGACAUACAAGCAGGAAGAGAGACCUGGAUUCUCUGUAGUCGAACCCAGACUGAGGCAUUACUAUUAUGAUAUUUCUCAGUGAUGAGCACAUGCACAUUUCUACAGUAUUUCAGUUUGAUUCAUUUAGAGCAGUCACUUGUCUCAAGGUCUGUGUACUUACAGUACGCUCUAUUUUUGUUAGAAACUAUGUGAAUUGGAUUGAUAAGCAUUAAUAUUGCUUAUUGAAUGGUUGAUUUUUCUUCUAAUAGUGUGUUUGAAGCCAAGUCAGUAUUUGUUAUUAAUACACCAGAUAUAAUCACAGCAGUACGGUUCAGCUGAAGGACGACCAGUCAACAUUAUUCUCAUUCUUGUCUCUCUCUUUCAGUUUUAUACAUUUACUGGGUUUUGUCUUUUCUUUUUUUUUGUUCAUUUUCAACAUUGAGUGUGUGGUUUAAAAGUUGAGUGUUCAUAAACAGUUUUAACAUUUCGUUUUAUGUGUGGACAGUGUUUAUGGCAAAAGAUCAGAAACAAUGUAAGCAUAUAUUUAGCAUGUUAUCUAUGUUAGUCUAAGACUGGCAGUCUUUCAGGAUUUGUGUUCUCCAUCUUUCUGCUCUCCAGUGUGAAUUCAUUGCAUUCAUUGUGAUUAGUCUGCUUUAUUCAGCUUUAUUCAGCUUGAUCACUGAACAGCGUGGCAUGACAGAAUCUUCCUCAGUUUGAUGAUAUUGAUAAAUAUGAUAAUGAGCAAACAGAAUGUGUAUGGCUGCCAUACGAUUGUAAAAAAAAA